AUGAAUAGCAUAUCCAUUAAGGAACACCUUCAACUGGCUAUUAUUGGUUGUGCGACUGUAGCCGCCAAAUAUGAAGAAGUCCAGCAGUGGUCGGUUCUGGAAUAUGCGAAAUAUUGUUACAGCGAACACGUGCAUGUACUGCGCGCAGAAAAGGACGUGCUACGAACACUGAACUUUGAAAUCACUGGGCCACAUUCCAUUAGUUUCAUCCAACGUUACACCCAGUAUUUCAAAAUCAACCUAAAUCGACUGGCCAAAAAAAUAUGUGAAGCUGCAAUAUACGACUACAACACCUGUCAUACAAAGCCGUCUGAGAUCGCCGUUGUCUGUGUUUGCCUUGCCGCUGCAUUGGAAAAAGUCGAGAUCCCGGAGAAACUAUACAAAAUAAUCAAGUAA